UUACAUCGCCAACGCGCGCGCGUAGCCAAGGAAGUAGAAGACUAUAAAACGACAACGUUUAGUUUGGGGAUUAUCCUUGCUUUCUUUCUUCGCAGUUCGCACAGAGGAGGUGCCAAGGGCCCAAAACCCUACUCUGCUGGUCUCCAUCGCACCCUGAGAUUAUUUGCAGCUCCCAAAAAAAAUAAAAUAAAAUAAACAAUGGCGAGGUCAUUAUCGAGUAUGGUGCUGAAGGGCAUUGCGGUCUCCCGUUCUAGUAGAACUGUAUGCGGAUCCUUUUACCACAAUGGGAUGCGAUAUUCAACUACCGUGCCCAGCGAUUCUGAUACACAUGAAGAUUUUAGACCCACUAAUAAGCUUGAGAGUUCUCCCCUUUCUUUGAAGGAUGUUGUUGAGCAGGAUGUCAAGGAGAAUCCUGUAAUGAUUUACAUGAAAGGUGUUCCCGAAUUUCCUCAGUGUGGAUUCAGCUCAUUGGCAGUUAGAGUCUUAAAACAAUAUAAUGUUCCUUUGAGUGCUAGAAAUAUUCUGGAAAAUCCUGAGCUGAAAGGUGCUGUAAAAUCCUUCAGCAACUGGCCCACAUUUCCACAGAUAUUCAUCAAGGGAGAGUUCAUUGGAGGCUCGGAUAUUAUUCUCAAUAUGCAUCAGACUGGUGAACUGAAGGAAAAGGUGAAAGAUAUUGCUGCUAAUCAGGAAAAGUCUGAAUGACGCAGUGAAUCUAAAAGGGGUCAAGGGUGUCACUAGAAAUCUUGUGAUCUCGAUAUUGGAUCAUUGAUUAAAAAAAGUGACGAGAUAUGGGAUUCUAUACUUUUAUAUGCUAGAUUUCUGCAGGGUUCGUAUGAUAAGCUUGAAAUGUUAAACAAUAAAAGCGGCGUAUUACUCUGCUUUCAUCUGCCAUUGGAUUUGUUGUGUUGUGACCUCAUUUAAUUUAUUUUCUGUUAAUUUUGUAGCUGAACUUCACGGUUUUGAACUAUUGUGAAUCAAAUACAAGAGAAGCCACACUUCAUCUUC